GUUUGGGUGUGGAAGAGGGCGUGUGAGGGGUUUAAAGGGAAGUAUGGGUCCCAGGAAGAGGCAGCUGAGCGCUAGAAGCCAGUGGGCCUGCUCUGCUGCACCAGGAUGGGGGCAAGGGGGACUCUGACAGGCUUCGCAGUUCUGGUGUUGCUCCAGUGCUGUUUUGCAUACAAACUGGUUUGCUACUACACCAACUGGUCCCAGUACCGGGAAGGUGAUGGGAGCUGCUUCCCCGAUGCCAUCGACCCCUUCCUCUGUACCCACAUCAUCUACAGCUUUGCCAACAUAAGUGACAAUGAGAUCGACACUCUGGAGUGGAAUGAUGUGACCCUCUAUGGCCAGCUGAACUCACUUAAAAAGAGGAACCCCAGCCUGAAGACCUUCCUGUCUGUUGGGGGAUGGAACUUUGGCUCUCAAAGAUUUUCCAGCAUAGCCUCCAGCACCCAGAGACGCAAGACUUUCAUCAAGUCAGUGCCAAAGUUUCUGCGGGCCCAUGGCUUUGAUGGGCUGGACCUAGCCUGGAUGUACCCCCAACGGAGAGACAAGGAGCAUUUUACCACCCUGAUCAAGGAAAUGAAGGCUGAAUUUUUAAAGGAGACGCAGGCCGGAAAGGAGCAGCUCCUGCUCAGCGCAGCAUUGUCUGCAGGGAAGGUCACCAUAGACGCCAGCUAUGACAUUGCCCAGAUAUCCCGACACCUGGAUUUCAUCAGCAUUCUGACCUACGAUUUCCAUGGAGCCUGGCGCCAAACCACAGGACAUCACAGCGCCCUCUUCCGAGGCGAGCUGGAUGGCAAGGCGGACAGAUUCAACAACGUGGACCAUGCCGUAGGGUACAUGUUGCUGCAGGGUGCCCCAGCCAGCAAGCUGUUGAUGGGCAUCCCGACCUUCGGGAAGACCUAUACCUUGGCCUCUUCUGAGAACGGUGUCGGAGCCCCGAUCUCGGGGCCAGGACUAGCAGGCCAGUUCACCAAGGAGGAAGGGACCCUCGCCUACUAUGAGAUCUGUAACUUCCUCCAUGGAGCGACAGUCCAGAGAAUCGCCAGCCAGAAGGUUCCCUACGCUACCAAGGGCAACCAGUGGGUGGGGUACGAUGACCAGGAAAGUGUCAGAAGCAAGGCACAGUACCUGAAAAGCAGGCAGCUGGCAGGUGCCAUAGUGUGGACCCUGGAUUUGGAUGACGUCCAGGGCACCUUCUGUGGCCAGAAUCUACCCUUCCCCCUUACCAGUGCCAUCAAGGAUGUUCUCACUGCGGCUUAGGCCCAACCUUCUGCACGCAGCAAGGGCCAAGGACACCCUCACACCUUCUGGCUCCAGCUGGCCCAGAACCUGAUCACUUGCUAAGUCCCUCGGCCGAGCCUCAGUUUCCCUCCCUUGGAACCUGUGAAGAGGGCCACAGGAAUGACAUUGGAGCUCAGUCCUUGUGGACAGGAGGUAGUGUGGAGCUCUGGGCUCAGUGAGCCUGGAGACCAGCCCCGUGUAACACACAGGAUCAAUAGACAUCUGCUGAUUCAUGGAAAUGUGCACAGACUCCAAGCUCAGCACAAGGAGAUUUCUGCAACUUCUUUACCCCAUCUUCCAUACGAAAGGACAGCAUUUUGGCAACAUCCGCCACCAAGUAUGCAAACACCCUACAAGACACAGUGACCAUACUAAUAACACCCUCGGCAAAGCCCAACUUGAAACCUUCACUUAGGAACAUAACCGUGUCUCCUAUCUCACUUCCCUUUUCUAACUCCACAGCUCCUCAAUAAAGUACAAGAGCUUGACAGGG